AUGGCAUCACAAACCGCUCGCACCAUGCAAGCUCUCCGCAUGCAACGUGGAGCAUCACAGGAGAACCUUGAGACUGUGCCCAUCCCAGUUGUGGGUCCACUCGAUGUUCUCGUCAAGGUUAAAGCGGCCGGCUUGGCCCCAGGAGUCUUGAGCCUGGGAAGAGCGGGUCUGCUUCAGAUGUUGCCUGCCACACUUGGUCACGAAAUUGCUGGAGUGGUUGAGGCUGUAGGGGCGGAGGUUAAAACUGUCCAGCUAGGCAGUCGCGUGCGCAUUCACAGCAAUGUGAGCUGCCGUUGUUGCGAGUUCUGUCUCACAGAUAGGGAUCAGAUGUGCUCCGAGGCGGGUUUGAUGGGAUUUCAGGGAUUUACAAAGAAAAAAGGAACCCUGUUCGAGAGGUAUCGAGAUGGCGGCCUUGCUGAAUUUAUUCGUGCGCCAUUUUGGCUUGUUGAUGAAUUACCCGAAAAUGUCAGCUUUGAGGUUGGUGCCAAACUACAUGAAGUGGCCACUGCUUUGUGCACGUUGAAAAAAGCAAAUCUGAAGCUAGGGUCGACCAUUAUUGUCACAGCUGCUACUGGAGCGGUCGGAACAUGCUUGCUGAAGCUCGCAGAGUUCUUUGGAAUCUCUCGCAUUAUUAUCAUCGGACGUUCUACGGAAAGGCUUGAGGCUGUGAAAAAGCUUACGAGCGUCAAAGUCGAUAUAGUUGCCUUGGACACGCUCUCUCAGAACUGGCGCGGUGAAAGAGGACUUGCGCGCGAAAUUGCAAGGGUGGUACCUGAAGGAGCAAACGCAUUUAUUGACCUCACGCCAGAAGGCACGGAACUGUGGCAGGCGCUUUCUGGUCUCGGGACGAAUGGUACCCUGGUCCAUCUGGGAGCAAAUAGCUCAGUGCUACCUUUGCCAAUGGUCGCGAUUAUGACUAAUUGCUGGACAAUAGUGGGGACUCGCAAUCAUUCACGAAAUGAUGCUCUAACGGUAAUCUCGUGGCUCAGAACGGGCAGACUCAACAUGAACGAUCUCAUUACGCACAAGUGGGCUUUUGCUGAGGUGGAAACAGCAAUCCAAAAGAUUAGAGAUCGUUCAUUUCCGAUAUGGAUGUGCGUAAUUACUUUUUAG